UCGCGCGCUUUUACGCAACUGCGCCGGGUUUGUCUCGCAAUUUGCGUGAGUUAUUGUCACUGAACUCUAUAAGUUAUUGUAAAGAAGUAUAAUUUUGUGGGGUAAUUAGUUAAAUGUUUAUGUGCAAUUUUUCUCGUUUUUUCAUACUCAACAAUAUGAUUUUUGUUUAAAGGCUGAGAUACUGAGAUGCAUUCGACUUCGACCAUCUUCGUUCAAGGAAUCUCAAUCUGAGCAUGGCACUUCAGUCGCAGGCUUGAUAUGGAGGACAUUAACCGGCCACUAUCGUAUAUAUGACAUCACUGGCUGAGUGAUCUGCGCGGCGGGGGACCCCGGGACGACACCUGGCGCCGACACUGUUUGAGAUGACACCGCCGGAGCAGCUAUCAGCUCGGUGAUAGCGUCAGAGAGCAGGUUUGCUGGCCGACCGGAGGUCGAGGGCACGACAUUCACCGGGCGGAAGGGACACCGAGAGACGUCUCCACCGGGCCAACCGCUAACCCCAACCGGCUGACCAGUCAAACUAAGGUUACCUCAGAUGGAAACAAAUUAAUUAGGCGCUGUCAGUCGAGCACACCUAGCCACCAUUCAUUGGACAGAUCAGCACUGAGAUACCUAGGCGUGGCAGAAGCGUCAGUAGCACACCGCGAAGAUCGGCCGGCUCCGGGCAGCCACAAGGACAAGACGGAACACGAUGGCAGCCAGAGCCGCUACCGUUGCUGCAUACCUCAUUCCCACAGCCAUACAAAUCGCAGGAGAUUGGUAUGGUGCUAGACGCAGAGCCGAGGAUAUGCAACAUGAAUUAGAAAGAGAGAGAACAGCACGAGAAGCCUCUGAAAGGAGAAUUCAAGAAAUACAAGAAGCGCAGGAACAGCGAGAAGAGGAGAUGCAACAUGAAUUAGAAAGAGAGAGAACUGCACGAGAAGCCUCUGAAAGGAGAAUUCAAGAAAUUCAAGAAGCGCAGGAACAACGAGAAGAGGAGAUGCGACAUGAGUUGGAAAGAGAGAGAACAGCACGAGAAGCCUCUGAAAGGAGAAUUCAAGACAUACAAGAAGCGCAGGAACAACGAGAAGAGGAGAUGCGACAUGAAUUAGAAAGAGAGAGAACAGCACGAGAAGACUCUGAAAGGAGAAUUCAAGAAAUACUAGAAGGGCAGGAACAUCGAGAAGAGGAGAUGCAACAUGAAUUAGAAAGAGAGAGAACAGCACGAGAAGACUCUGAAAGGAGAAUUAAAGAAAUACAAGAAGCGCAGGAACAACGAGAAGAGGAGAUGCAACAUGAAUUAGAACGAGAGAGAACAGCACGAGAAGACUCUGAAAGUAGAAUUCAAGAAAUGCAAGAAAUGGUAACAAGAAUGGCCAGAGCCAAUGAGAAGGCACGUCAAACAUCCCAAGAGGCUAUGAAUAGGAUGCAAGAAGAAUUUGAAAGGGCACUUCAAGCCCAGAGAGAAGAGAUCCAAAGGAAUCAGACUCAAUUGCUGAACCAAGUAAAAGAAGACACUAACAGGGUGACGGCGGGAACAGACGCAGGGGGUACAGCAGGGGCGGUCGGUGGGGAUACAAGAGGGGCAGUCAGCAGUCAGACAAUGCCGGUCACCAGUCACACAGGAUCAGCCAGCAGUCAGACAGGGGCGGUCAGUAGUCAGACAGGGGCGGUCGGCAGUCAGACGGGGGCGGUCAGUAGUCAGACAGGGGCGGUCAGUAGUCAGACAGGGGCGGCCAGCAGUCAGACAGGGGCGGUCGGCAGUCAGACAGGGUCGGCCAGCAGUCACACAGCGGCUGUCAGUAGUCAGACAGGGGCGGUCAGUAGUCAGACAGGGGCAGUCAGAAGUCAGACGGUGGCAGUCAGCGGUCAGACAGGGUCGGCCAGCGGGGUUCAGACCCCACCCUCCAACGAAGCAGCGCCGACCGCUGGAGAACCGGUGGCGACUCGUGAGCCGGCCCCUGCGGAGUCCGUUCGGCAGGCCGCCGCCCCCCUGCCGGCGCUCUGUCAACAGUACUGGGCCGGCUGCAAGAAGGAGGCAUGCGGCCAGGUGCACCUCUGCAAACUGUUCCUGGCCGGAAUCUGCAAGUUUGGAGACAUGUGCCGCAACGAGCACUCACUCCAGUCCGAACAUAACAAGGUUGUGUGCACUGAAGAGAUAUCCCGGAGCGAGGAGCAGCUUAUCGCGGAGCUGCGACGGCGUUUUGCGGAGGAGGGCUUUGCUGACCAGAAGUUCUAUCGCUCCCAUAUCGAGAUAUGCCCCAAUCAGGCCGAAUCCUGUCGAAUUCAUGACUGCAUCCGAGUGCACAUCUGUCGAGACUAUGUCACAGGAACCUGCUCGAGCCCGGAGAGCUGCCGAUUCAGCCACGUGCUGCGGUCACCGCACAACAACAACGUUCUGGGACUCUACAAGGCAGUGGACAUGAGCGACCGAGCCCUCCUGACCCUGCUGUAUGCCAGGGUCACCCAGAGGGACGCCAAGAGCUCCAAGAAAGGGGGACCUGCCGUAAAGAAAGUCGGACCUGCCACAAAGAAGGAUGGAUAAUAUUAAUAAUAUCAAUAUGUCAAAAAAGGCGCCUUCGCAGCCGAACGAUGAAUCCUCCGCUUUAAAAAGUUGAGCACUCAUGGAAGACGGUCAUACUGUCAUUGGUGAGGCGUCUCGUACUCGUAAGCAUCCAUUCGAAUUUCUAAGUCGAGCCCUAAUUAAUCCGUAUCAGUCGAAGGGCCUCCGAUCCGGCCGCCAGAUUGUCUGCCCUGCCGUGUCCAUCGCUGGGAAACAGGAUCCGUCGUUAGUGUUGACCUUUGACCUGUAGGUGUAUGUACACUGUACAGUGACUGGAGCAUGUGAGUCGUGAGGUCAGCCCCGAGACCCCAGCAAUCACCGAAACUGACAGAGAUAAACUGAUCGAUAGUGCUGUGUGUAGCUGGGUUUAGAUCAGCCUUAUAGUAUGUUUUCGAGAGACGAUCUAUGACAAUGCAUUAUAUAGUUGUGCCGUAUGUACUCAUCUAUGGUGCUUUUACUGUGCAGUGAUAACCAUAUCAAGUGUCACGUGUAAGUAUGGAGUUAAAUAAUGCCAAUAAAUGAGUCCGCGCUGCC